AUGCAACCAUCAUCCGCUAUGACUUCCUCCAGCAGUCGAACACAUUCGUUAACACAGGAGCAUCGUAAACGACUCUAUAGUCUCAUAUGCGAACUGGAUAAUGAACAAUUACACAACUUUCUCAGUAAUCAUGUACAAAAAUCUUCAUUAGUAAAUCAGUUUGGGCCGAAUGCGCGUGAACAACUGAUUCAUCAAAGUUUUCUGCUGUUUGAUAAUUUUUAUUCGAUGGAGUUAGAGCAAAAAUUGAGAAGUUUAGUCCAGAAAAAACAUUCGAACGAGCUUUUUCCGCGUUUUCCACAACCGUAUUUCAUUCCUCAACAACCUGAACAGUAUAAUGCACGACCAAAUUAUCGCUUUACAACACCGACUGCCGUAAUGCAGCAAUUACGACCAAUUCGACCAAAUCCAAUUUCCUCAUCACAAAUCAAUCUUCGCUCUCAGCAACCACAACAACAAUCCCGUUCAGCCUCAUUAUACUCAAUCCCAGAUCAUAUUCCACACUCUACUGUACCACCUCUUCAAUCUGGUGCACGACGCCAUCAGGCUCCACUCACAACGCCAAUUCCUUCCAAAACAUAUCCGACUUUACGACCACCGAUAACUAAAAUCGCCUACAAAAACCUGCCAUUCUAUUAUGUGCUCGGCUGUGUUCAUGAACGAUAUAACAUCUUUAUUUAUGAUGCCUACCGUAAACAAUUCACAUCUCGCGAUCAAUUUAUUUUGCCACUCGAGGUAUGCAAUCAACUAGCAUUAUCCUACGACUACGAUCCAGUCUUGGAUUGCAACAAAACGAGCAAAUGUCUUCUCUUACGUCUCGCACGCCUUGAUCAACCUCCGACAUUCAAUGGAAAGUACGAGGAUAGCCUUCCUGUGAAUGUUGUGAUUCAGGUUAAUGGUCAUGUUUUGACAAAUCUACCAGCACCGAAGCCAUGCACUCGUCUGCAAAAAGAUUACGUUCGAGUCGGCCGUGAAAUCGAUAUAACACCGCAUUGUAUGUUCAAUCCCAUUCUGAAAAACGACAUAACUAUCCUUUGGACAUAUCCUGCUGAUAAUAAAAACCUAGCUCCUCAGUAUAAGGACGCGGAAUAUGCUUUACAUGUCUUUCUCGCUGAAUGUUUAACCAUGGAGAGUCUAUGCGAGCAUGUGCUGAGGAAACCAAUGAAAUUCAAUCGUGAAGAUCUAAUAAAACUGUUGUCAAAAGCAAGUGCACAUGAUCGUGAUCUGGGGCUUGAAGUGAGCGAUCAAAAAUUAAAACUAAUAUGUCCCAUCGAUCAAAAACGACUGAAGAAGCCAGUUCGAGCAACUACAUGUCAACAUUUACAAUGUUUCGAUCUGACAAAUUAUAUCAGCUUGAACGAAAAAUCGAACAAAUGGAUGUGUCCGGUUUGUAACAAACCAGCUCUAUACGAAGAUUUACAAAUCGAUUGUUACAUGGACUCAAUUUUACAAUCCAUUCAGAAUCAUGACAUAUCAGAAAUAUCAAUCGACAGUGAAUUGUGCUGGUUGCCAAUUAUACCAUCAAGUAGUCUAAUCGAACAAACGGAUACAAAAUCAAAUACCAAACCUUUCUCAUCAUCAACUGAUGUGAUAUGUAUUGACGACGACUAA